GAUUAAGCUUUUAGUUCCAAUCAACCAGACUGAUCAGAAAAACGAACAAGAAUGGAAGGUCACGAUCUGGAAAUGGAGAAAGCUCGAUUGCUAAGCUUGGCUCUCAAUUCUGGGUUCGAUGAAGAAUCGGCAAAGAAGUGUUUGGAUCGUCUGGUCGAUCUCUACGGUGACGAUGGCCUAGAUUUUAUUACCGUGGAGUACUGCGGUGAUGAUUUUCUUGCAGCAUUAGCUGAAUCUAUGCAGGACACUGAAGAAUGGGAUGAUAUACAGGCAAUGGAAACUGAAGCUUGUGGAGUUUUGAAUAACAUGUUUGACAAAGACAUCCUCAACGGUAACGAACCAGAUGAUGAUAGAGGCAAAAUCAACAUGGUAGAAGAUUCACCGGAACGUCAAAAGUACCCAAAUUUCUUGCUGUUGGAUUCUAGUGAUAGUGAAGAAGUAGAUUUAACAACUCCAAUGACAAAAGACGCUGGAUCAAAGCCCUCUUCAUUUCCUGUUUGGAGCAGUUCUGUCCCACCCCAGAAUUCGGGUAAACGCUCUUCAAGAUCAGUGGAUUGUGAAAGCAGCAUUACUCGAGAUUCAGUUCCUUCAAUUUCUAGUAAAAAGCAGUGCCCCCGUACAUCAAAAUAUGAAUCAAAGACUCUUACUUAUGAAGAGUUACAGGCUCUGGAUGAUGCUGAGCUGGCCAAUGUUGUAAUAUUUGGUAAUAAGAUAUUUCGACCCUUGCAGCAUCAGGCUUGUAAAGCAGCUAUGGAAAAGCGAGAUUGCUUUAUCCUAAUGCCUACUGGAGGGGGUAAAAGCUUAUGUUACCAGCUUCCAGCAACCCUGAAACAGGGUGUGACAGUUGUUGUAUCUCCACUGCUUUCCCUUAUUCAGGAUCAGAUUAUAACGCUGAACCUCAAGUUUGGUGUACCAGCAACUUUUUUGAAUUCUCAACAAACCACUUCCCAAGCAGCAGCGGUCCUUCAAGAGCUAAGGAAAGAUAAACCAUCAUGCAAGCUUCUGUAUGUGACUCCUGAGAGAAUUGCUGGAAACCCUUCUUUUCUUGAGGUUCUGAAAUGCCUGCAUUCAAAGGGACAGCUAGCAGGAUUUGUUGUGGAUGAAGCGCACUGUGUAAGCCAAUGGGGACAUGAUUUCCGUCCAGAUUACAGGGGAUUAGGAUGUCUUAAGCAGAUAUUCCGUGAUGUUCCAGUGAUGGCAUUGACUGCCACAGCAACCCAUUCAGUUCGUGAGGACAUAUUAAAAGCUUUGAGAAUCCCUCGUGCUCUUGUCCUUGAAAGAAGCUUUGACAGACCCAACUUGAAAUAUGAAGUCAUCGGCAAGACUAAGGAAUCACUGAAGCAGCUUGGGCAGCUAUUGAUGAGUCGUUUCCAGGACCAGAGCGGGAUUAUAUACUGCCUUUCAAAAAGUGAAUGUGUUGAGGUUUCUAAUUUUUUGAAUGAGAAAUUUAAGAUUAAGACAGCAUAUUACCAUGCUGGGAUAGCAGCUCGCCAAAGAGUUGCUGUCCAAAAGAAAUGGUACACUGGAGAGGUUCAAAUUGUAUGUGCUACAAUUGCUUUUGGGAUGGGAAUAGACAAGCCGGAUGUUCGUUUCAUCAUCCACAAUACUAUAUCCAAAUCAAUAGAAAGCUAUUAUCAAGAAUCUGGAAGGGCUGGCAGAGAUGAUCUUCCUGCAGUAUGCAUCGUCCUAUACCAGAAGAAGGAUUUCAGUCGGGUUGUAUGUUUGUUACGAAAUGGUCAAGGAUGUAAAAGUCAAAGUUUCAAGACAGCUAUGGCUCAAGCACAGAAAAUGCAAGAGUACUGUGAACUAAAGACUCAGUGUAGGAGGCAAAUGUUACUCAAACACUUUGGAGAGUCCUUUGAUGAAAAUGCCUGCAAGUGCGGAUCAAAUCCUUGUGAUAACUGUCUCAGAGCUUCUGAGCAAGGAAAGAAGAAAAGAUAGCUACCUCAAGACUUCCUCCUGACCCUGAGGAUAUGCAUGUUUAUUUGUCCUGCUUUUGGUGCAAGUAAGGAGUUUAUUUAGUUCUUGGUUUACAGGCUUGAAUUGCUUGCCCAAUUUUGAUGUGAGGAAGGUAAAUGAGUUACUUUUUGCAAUGUAUAUGUGUAUCAGUUGAGCCUCUACAUAUUGAACUUGGGAAAGUCAAUUAUUACACUGCCAACCAGUUGCCCUGUCACAUCGACAGGUUUUGUGGUCAAACAGAAAAUGCAUUAUGAUUUUGAUUAAAUCUAAGAUCUAACAACUAAGAUCUACAAAACCAUAAAGAAUUAUUUGGCAAAUGGCACAUGCAAUCAUAUGAUUAACAUAAUACUUACGUUCUGCAUUAGUAAACCAUCUAGAUUAUACUUGAGCAUGACAUGUUAACCACCAUAAAUAAUGUAUUUCUUGUGGGACUGUUUCUGUCUGUGAUUCAUUGGGGCUUAGCUCUAAAGUCCAAUCUCUCUUAAUCACUUGUUUUUUGACCCUCCUAGCAAACAAAUAGUGAUAUCAAUAAUAUUUAAGUAUAUGGAGAUUCUCUAAUAAGUAUUUCACGUUAAGAAUUGGUUACAUACUUCUAAUUUUGAUCGUUGGAUUGAAUUUAUUAAAUGUGUUGAUAGUUUUUUAAAUACAAUUUAAUCGCCAAAAUCUCCUUAUAUAUGUGUGUAUAUUGACAGUGACACCACAAAAUCUGAAAAGGACUGAAGAAUUUUAUUUACAAGAGGGGAAAAAGGAAGUGGAGCUUUUGCAUGGAAUCUUAACAAGAAGCAAAACAAGCUAUGAAGUUGGCGACAUUGCCUAGUUGGGGGCCACCAUCCAAAAAUGAACAGUAGCAUGAUGAAGGAGACAGAGAGAGAGAGAGAGAGAGCUACAAACAAAACCCAUCUUCGUUGUUAUUUUUUUCCUAAGUGGACUGUGGACCACUUGAAUUUUAUUGAUGAGCAGUGUUCCACUCCAUUGAUCCAUUGGUCUCUAGCUAGUAGCGACUAUUUAGUGUCAAAAUUGUAGACCACUUAUAUACAUUCUUGAGUGCUUAGACUGUGAA